CCCUCCCUGUCCCUAAGCACGGGCUCCCACGGGAUCCUUCGAGACAACAGCAGGUACCUGUGAAGGCGAGCAAUUCAGUAACAAACAGCCUGCCAAAGCCACCGGGAAGAGAAGGCGGUGGAUCUGCCCAUCUCCCAUCACCAGCUUCUUCCCGGACCUUUCUGCGUUGCUGGUUCCACACCUGCCAGCCCUUGGUCCAGUUGAACCCAUGAAGUGACACCUCACAGACUGAUAUCCUUGGAUGAUCCUACACCAUAAACCAUCCCUUGGAUGCUGUUGACUGCCAUCUUCCAGCCUGGUAUUCCUCACAGGUAAUACAAGAAAGUCCAUCCUGUAGUGAUAUCGCCAGCCGGUCCGAUAAAGAGACUUGGUUUUGCAGAGGACCCCCAUACAAAUCCCUUCUCCUGGGCCCACACAUUGCUGGAAUAUUCCUCCAGGACUUAUUGUCUGAAGCUGUUCUUUGGGGAAAUAUAUUGACUCCUGUUGUUGCAUCCCUCACUUUAAAGAUUGUGUCUUUGAAUUCCCACCUGCUUCCAUUUCCAUAAAGGACAGCCUGUCUCUGGGCACUGCCACCCCACAAUACGCAUUCCCUGACCCUCCCAGACGGUGGCGGAAGACGUGCGUGGCUUGUAGGCUACGUGACAACCGUCCAUAAUGGCCUCCGCAGGGCUGGAGAUCUUGGGCAUGGGCCUGUGCAUCAUCGGCUGGCUGGGGGCCAUCAUCGCCUGCGCCCUGCCCAUGUGGAGAGUCACGGCUUUCAUUGGGAACAACAUUGUUGUGGCGCAGAUCAUCUGGGAGGGGCUGUGGAUGAACUGCAUUGUGCAGAGCACCGGUCAGAUGCAGUGCAAGAUCUAUGACUCCAUGCUGGCCCUCUCUCAGGAUGUCCAAGCUGCCCGGGCCCUCAUGGUUGUCUCUGUGCUGCUGGCCAUCCUGGCACUGUUGGUGGGUAUUGUGGGGGCAAAGUGUACCAAUUGCGUGGAAGAUGAGGGUGCCAAGGCACGCAUUGUCAUCACCUCAGGCUCACUCUUCAUCAUCUCGGGGCUCCUGACUCUCAUCCCUGUGUGCUGGUCUGCCAACUCCAUAAUCCGCGACUUCUACAACCCAAUGGUGGUUGAGGCCCUGAAAAGGGAGCUGGGGGCUGCCCUCUAUGUUGGCUGGGCAGCUUCUGCACUGCUGCUGCUCGGAGGGUCACUUCUCUGCUGCUCCUGCCCACCACGGGAGGACCGCUAUCCACCCCGCAUUGGGUACUCUGUUCCGGCCAAAUCGACUGCGCCUCCAGGCAGUGGGAUUGACAAGCGGGACUAUGUAUGAGCGGCUGUGGUGGUGGGGUAGAUUUGCCAGAUGCUGCUAGGCCCAAACCCUGACAGGAGUUGCUGGCCCAAGGACUUUUUCAGUGUAUAAACAGGACAAAGCCAAUCAGUUUGGGCUGAGCUGUGAUAUCUGGCAAUUCUGCAUGUGUGUGUUUGUGUGUGUGUGCAGGUAUGUGUGUAUGACCGUGAAUGAGUGGGAGAUUAGGAAAACAUGAACAAAUAAAUGGAUAUGUGAGAGAAUGAACAAACAAUUAUGAAAGAGAUGAGUGCCCCAGCAAACACAACUGGAAUGCAGAAACAUAAGUGAGGAGGCUGAGCAAAGGCAAGCAGGAAGGCAGGACAAAUAUAUGGAAAAGUUAAUGGCUAAGCAAGCAAAUGUAUGUUUGGGAAUGGGAGAUAUAGGGGCAGAUAAAUGAAUGGGUAGACACUUGUGAUGGAGAAGGAGGCGAAAUUAAAAAUGAGAGAAACAGGAAGCAAAACUGAAUGCCGUCUGAUUUUUUAUAAAUAGCUUUGCUCUAAGAACCAACUCAUGUGAAGAAGCUUGGUCAAGAACAAAAAGGAAAUGGAGGGAAAUGGAGAGCUGAAGAACAAGGGACCGAAGGAAUGGGGAAUGGAUGCUCGCAUUACUAAAAUAAAAGAUGGAAUUAAUGGGGUGUGGUGUGUCGAAACGAAACGGAAUCCAAGACAAAAUGGGCAGGAAAAGGAAGCCUACCCAAACCUGACAAAUCGAGAACAAAAGAACCGUGAGGGAGGUGGAGAUUGGAGAGAAGGACGCAGACUUCGUCACAAGGCCCGGGCAAGAAUGGCAGAGUGAAAUGGCGAGCAAGAAACAAAGGCUUGGCUUGCUGAGUGCGGCGGCGGGGGGGGGGGGAGGCGGUGUGUGAGUGUGGGUGUAACAGGACAUGGCAGGAAACCCUGACCCUCUCCUACCUUGGACUGACGCUAUUUGCUUGCUGGUUAAUAAUUUGUUGAGGAUUUGGCUGCUUCCAGGGGCCUGGACAAACAGACGGGGCUGUUAUCCCCCUGUUGCCCUCUUAUCCAUCUGCCAUAGCCUGCCUCAGACAGUGCAAAGAGGAAAUCUAUGUCUUUCUCUCUCACACACAGAGAUAUGCUAGUCAGCCGCCGCCACCACCCCGCCUUUGCAAAGUUGGGAACAGAACCCAGGUGUUCUGACUCCCAGCCCCCUCUGGUAUUGGGGUAGGUGGGGCUGGGGGAAAGCAUAGGAUUCUCACGCAUGCUCCUUUUCUUCAGAAGUUUCCCAAGGCAAGAGGUCCGGGGGGGGGGAGCUUCCUGAGGUAACUUUUUCCCCAUUAGCAAGAAGAGGUGAAAGGGGAUCCCUUUUUGUGAUCACUCACUCUUUCCCCCCCCCCCAGCUCUUUGUCGUGUUACUGAAAAUUAUUAUUCCAAUAAAGAAGAGAAAUAUUUGUAA